AUGCCUCUCGGGUUUGAGCGCAUUAACGAGCGCACGCAGCGCCCAAAUCCUCUGAUCAACUUCAUACGCACCAUACCCGGAUCCUCCUCUUCCACCGCCGAGCAGAUCCUCAGUCGCGUCGCUGCAGUAUGCUAUCCGUUCAUGAAGGCCAACAUGGUCCUUGUCCAAGCCCUUGAAGAGUUUCCCUACAACACCGAAUUUGUUGGCCGCAACUUCAAUGCUGGCGAAGUAAUACAGCUCGUACUGCGAGAUCGGAACGGACAGUGGCUGCCUCAGCGCAUGGUGGAAAUGGUCAUGGUGCAUGAGCUGGCACACUGCAAGCAAAUGAACCACACCAGGGCGUUCUGGAAGGUCAGAGAUGCCUACGCAGUUGACUUGCGGGCGUUGUGGGCAAAAGGCUACACUGGAGAGGGCAUAUGGGGGCGAGGUAGAGGUUUGCAUACAGGCAACAUACAGAUGAGCCAAUUCGGUGUUGGUGAUGUGCCUGAGCAUCUUUGUGGUGGCACGUAUGGGCGCAGGUCGAAGAAGAGGAAAUACGGAAAAGAAAAAGAGACGGUAUCCUACGCAGAGAGGAAGCAACGCCGCAUCUUGAAGAAAUUUGGCGCAGGGGGUCAGUCGCUGGGUGCAGACGAUUUAACGAAGCUCAAGCUGGAAGGUGGAGUGCCAAAGAAAGGCAAACCUAGAGUGGCGGGUAGCGCUCGAGGCCGGGAGCUCAGAGCCGCGGCUGCAUUGGCGCGAUUUGAGCCUGUAAAGAAGGAGCAAGAAGAAGCGACUAUCAAGAUGGAGGACAUUUUGGACAGCGAAACGGAAGACGAAUACGAGAACAUCGAUCAGGACGGUGCGGCGCUCGAUGUAGACGGAACAAAGCUCGUCGACGAUCAGGGCCGCGCCCUGGUCAAAAUCUGCGAAGACGAAGACGACAAAGAUGGCAACGCACGCCGAGAGAUGGAAGAAAUUCAGGGCAUCGCACCACAGCAGAAGCCCAUCGUCGACACGUCUGCUUCCAAAGCUCCUACCUCACGGCCCAGUGCCGCGAAGCAAGGCUCGGUUGCUGGUCAGCCGCUGUCCAAGACCACCGGCUCUCCACCAGCGCAGGUCGUACAUCUGGAGGAAAUACGGAAGCGACGGCUUGAGCCUCCAGAACAACUUACUUCAAAGACAGCCAAGGUUGAAUAUGCAGCUACACCAACCACAUGCGGCGUGUGCUCGCUGUUGAACGAAUCGGGUUCGCUAACCUGCGCUAUGCAACAGAGGGUCUUGUAA